GACAUUUUAAAUUCAUGCUAGAAGCAAGAAAAAUCCCAAUUUGAGAUCAACAGCGUUAUUUUUUUUCUCUUGUGUGUGUCCGCCAAUUUGCCGAAUUGUCGAUUGUCUGUGAAAAAGUGGAAUAUAUAGCCAGAUAUUAGUGAAGUGGCUACUUGCGAUUUAACAGUAGAGAAAAGUAACAAAAGCUUGCGUAAAACAACAAGUAGAGUGCAAAUGAUUUAUAACCCUAACGCCAAUUGAAAGAGCACGCGAAUUCCAAUGGCGCAGUGCCACCAUUACUAUUGUUGCUAAAGGAGGCAGAGUAGGAGGCUGCUACCUGCUACACUUCAACUGCGGUUGCUGCAUUCUUUUUUUUUUAGCUAGGCGUGUUCUGCGAAGUUGUUUCACCAACCACGACAAGCUCGGAAAGAAGUGCGCAUGCUGUUCAUAUCUUCAAGGUGAAGAGCUAGCAAAAGUACUGGUUAAGACAAAAGGGAGUUGUAGAAGGGCGAGGCACACAUUCUUGCGUAGGCGAUGCGCUAAACCCUAAAGUUAUUACAAAUUCCCAAUUGAAAAGUGUAUUAUUUAGCAAAAUGGAUGUAGCUGUUGUAAUUGAUACACAAAUUACCGAAUAUCUUGAGGAUCGCAAGUGCGCUUUGGAAGAAAUGAAGCAGGCCAUACAAUCGGUCGGUGCCAAUUUUCAGCGUGUGCAGUUCGACAAACUCGAUUUCGGUGAAACGAACAUGCUAGAAACAUUCUACAAUGCAGAUGUGGCGAUAAUUGAUUUAAGUAUACUGGUGCAACAGCGAUCACUGUCCUACCAUCUGGGAGUACGCGAGAGCUUCGGUAUGAAAGGGAACAUUAUCGUCUAUAAUGAUGUACAAUCCAAGCAGACAUUGUGCCUCAAGCUUUCCUGUGCCAAUUAUCAAUUUUUAUCGUACAAACGCAACGAAGAGACUUCCACCUGCUAUCUUACCAAUUUUAAUAAAGAACUGCCGGCAGACACGAAAAUGCCCACUCUACUAUCGCGCCUAAAGCGUCUACUGCAGGAUGUGGAAAUUCAGUCAAAAGCUCAUAUGCGCGAAAAAUUCUUAGCUGACCUGCGUUCAGCGCGUGAAACUUAUGGGGCCAAUGCCUCGAGGUUACAAAAGAUACUGCAUGAAAUGCGUAAGCGUUUGGAUGAUGUACAUGUGCUAUCCGGUGAGGUGGUGCAUAGUUUUAUGUGUUCAUUGCGUGACGUGCAAGAUUAUGAUGCGAUGGUGCGUUUGGUGAGCGAUCUACGAAAUAUACCGAACACCAGAAAAUACGUUGAGACUGGAAAUAUGAGUUUUCUCUACGCCUUCGCGUUAAAUCGACGUAACCGCAAGGGUGAUCGUGAGAAGGCGCUUGCUUCAUCGUUGAAGGCUUUAGAGAAAAAGGAAAAUGAGUUUCCCGAUAUGUUAUGUUUGUGUGGUCGCAUUUAUAAGGAUAUAUUUGUGGAGUCUGAUUAUGAGGACAAAGAUAGUUUGAAAAAUGCUAUAAAAUGGUAUCGUCAAAGUUUCGAAGUGCAACCUAAUGAGUAUGCGGGCAUUAAUUUAGCUACGUUGCUCGUAAUUGAUGGCAAGGAGUUCAGUAAUACAGAAGAGUUGCAAAAUAUUGGUAUUACCUUGAAUAAUUUGAUUGGCAAAAAAGGCAGCUUGUCGUCACUGACUGAGUAUUGGGAUGUGGCGACUUUCUUUGAAAUUUCAGUGCUCGCAGAGGAUUAUGCGAAAGCCAUACAAGCGGCAGAGUGUAUGUUCAAGUUGAAGCCACCUAAUUGGUAUCUUAAGUCAACGAUAGGCAAUAUUUUGUUGAUUCAUCGAUUUCGCAAGAAGCCCGAAGAUCACAUUUACUCUGUGGAAGAGCAAAUCUUUCAAUUUUGGAUGGACUUUUUUAUGGUAGCGACCAAUACAGAGGAGAUCACCAGUGUACGCAUGCCGAUACUCAUUCUAGAACCACAAAAAAUCUAUAUGCCUAGUUAUGUCAACAUUAAUAUGGACGCUGAUGAAAAAUCUAUACAAAUUAUUAAUAUUUGUUUGGCGCAUUCGAAGAACGCUUGCAAAAAAGUACAUGAUUUUGUGUUCACUGCUUCGCAAAUAAAGUCUGUGAGCUUGUAUAAGCGCGACGACCGUUGUGCCUACCUAUAUGUGCAUCACAAUUCAGACGAUUUUCAAAUUUAUUUUCCCUCUACGGAAUGUCGACAAAAAUUUUAUGAGUUAAUAUUGGAAAUGGCAUCGGACCAGGAGGUGUUUGUGAAUUUGGACGUCGAUGAAAUGCGACAAAUUGAGUACGAAUACGACUAUGAUGAUCAAAAUCGUAAAAUCAUCCUUGGCAAAGGCACCUACGGCACCGUCUAUGCAGCGCGCGACAAACAGACGCAAGUUCGUAUUGCCAUAAAAGAAGUGCCGGAGCGAAAUUCACAGGAUGUGCAACCGUUGCAUGAAGAAAUCAAAUUACACUCCCAGCUACGUCACCGCAAUAUUGUGCAGGUAAAUAGAUAUCCAAUAUUUGUUUAUUUUUAUUUUUUAAUAACAAU